GUAUUCAUACAUACAUCUGUUCCAGCAAUCUAAUUAUCAAAUGAAGUAUACCAUUUACAUAUUUGAUGGCUUGUUCUUGGUAAUUUAGUUUCUUGUGGUGGGUUCUUUGUUGGGUUCAUAAAUGUGUGAGUUUCUCAUUAUGUAUUUAUAAAGAUAUAGGAAUUAAAUUAAAGAUAUGGUAAACGUAUAUCUUAUAUAUGAUUUAUAGACUUCUUUUGUUGACAGUGAUUAAGUGAUAUGUAGUAUGCUUUUUUGGUACUAAACAUGUAUAUAUGCAAUAUGCUUCUGUUAUAUGUUAAGUGACAUAGAAAAAAUAGCCACGUGCAUGGAUUAAGGCGUUUCAAAGUAGGCUAAACAGAGCCUAAAAAUCAGAUAUUGAUCAUAUGUAGACUUCUUAUUUGAUCAGAUUCGUGAAACAGGAAUAGGAAUGAACUUGAUGCAUUUUCUUAAGGUGAAAUUAUCUUCUGUAUCAAUCAUUUAAUUUUGAGUUAUUUUUUUAAUAGUAAUUAAGAGCUAAACAAUUAAUUUUGAGCUAAUUUUCUAAUAGUAAGAGCUAAACAGUUUCUUCAUAAUAGGACUUGAGUUGACGGUACUCUUGGUUCCAGGAGAAAUCUCCAAGAGAUAAAUAAGGCUUGGUCUCUUGUGCUUACAAUGCAUUCCUGAUUGUUGAGCUGUAUUUGUCUAAUUUAAUCGUAUAUAUAGAGAAGCUUGAUAUGACCAAAAAUUGAUUCUUCUGUAUUAAGUUAUCUUUGAUUUGAUAUUGGAGUCACUUGAUCAUUGCAGGAUAGAUGUUUGCAUUAAGCUACUACCAAAAUUAUUCAGCGACUUAACAUCACAAAUGAACUAUUGAAAAACCUAUAUAUUGUCCAUGACCACCAACGUAAUACAUACUGGAUUUCUGACGGCUAUUAUAUUUAUUGAUGACAUUUUGAAACUCGACUACAACACUAUAGGCAAGUCAUUCACAAGUCUAUGUGUUUAUUAAAAAUGGAGGGAGUACGUAUUAAGAUAUAAAAAGUUAACUCAGAUCUUGAACUUUUUUUACCAAACCAUUGACUUGCGAAGUUGCGAACACAAUUCGCUUACUUGGGUCAACUCUAAUAAUCUCCACAUUUCUUCUUGCUGCUCCACCACAUCCAAACCAUGUCCUGGAAAAAACUCAUCACUUGUUGUUCAAGAACAACAUCUAAGAAAUCAUCUCGCCGCGAGUCCUCAUCUUUGAAGAACGGAGGGCUACUAGUAGAAAAACUGAUCCGUGUUUCCAACGGAGACUACAAUCCCUUUUUUAUAUUCACAGAACAGGAGCCGAAGCAAGCAACCAAAGACUACGACCAAGAUCUCGUCUGUCUUGUCGACUACAACUAUAAAUUGUUUCAAGGAGUUCUUGAGAACAGAGGAGCCGUGCUAAUCAAGAAAACGAAUGAACACGAAGAGCUCGUGGAGUAUUGCAUAAGGGAAAUAGCUAUUGCUGCGUACGUCAGCUCGAACAUGAAUCUGGUGAAGCUUCUUGGUUGUUGCCUGGAGAGCAAGGUACCGAUUAUUGUCUUUGAAUACGUUAGUGGGAACCUAUCUGAUUACUUGCAUAACAAGAAAGGGGUUAUCCCAUGGAGACAGAGGAUUCGCAUCGCUGCUCAGGUUGCAGACGCGAUUGCUUAUCUCCACUUAGGUAAACCACGACCUCUGAUUCACAGACACGUGAAAACAGAGAAUGUUUUGCUCGACGAUAACUUGAACGCCAAGUUAUUCGAUUUCGGACUGUCUCUGGAAGUUCCAGAAGGUGAGACUUCUGUACAAGCAUUAGUUGAAGGAACCAGAAUCAGUAGUCACAGAAAGAUUCAACGAGCAGACGGAUGUUUUCGCCUUUGGUGCUACAUUAAUCGAGAUUUUGACUGGGAGGGAGCCUCAUAA